GAAAGCGACCGAUACAGCCAGCCGGUGGACAUUGUACUCGCGAGAUAACGGCGAUAGGCCUGUGCCUCGGGGUGACGAUAUACAGGACGUUGGUUGAAGAAAACGGUCAUAUUUCUCUUGUGGAUAGCACCGCGGCGUAGUCACACCUCUACUCGACUAACUGUUCCUGCGAGGGUUCCUUACUUCAGACCAGUGCCAUUAUUGUUGACCGAAGUUCUCACUUGGAAGAAGGCACAGUUUCGACAUGAGUGCGCCGUACGAUGCCUACUACCCUCCUCCGGCUGGAGUGCAACCGUUCCCACAGCCAGCCCCUGUGGCAGGUGGCGCGGCCCCGCCUCCGCCGCCCUAUUACCCGCCCCAGACUGCAGCCACGGCCAGCGUCCAGCCCGCCCCCUAUCCAGCGGGCUAUCCACCGGGCUAUCCACCACCGCCACAGCCUGCGGUGAUGCAACCGUCGUACAACCCGACAUACGUGAACGCGCCACCGUCGGCGCCACCCGUCACGGUCAUUGUGCAGCAGCAGCCCAACGCACAGACAGCGCCAACACAGGUUGUCCGGCCACCCCCUCAGCAACAGCAGAGUGGCAGCAGCGGCAUGGGCAUGGCAGGAGCGGCGGCAGUGGGUAUGAUGGCGGGCGCCGCAAUGGCCGGAGUAGCGGCGGCUGCGCACAGUCACGACAGGCACCACCACCAACCGCCGCACCUUGGGCACAGACCGGGGCUGCUGAGCCGAGGACACCACGGGCCGGUCAACGUGCACAUUCACCCGCAGCCCACGCACUGGGCGGCUAGACUCGCCAUGCGGGCGAAAGAGCGGCGACACCACUAACUGCGACCGGCGGAGUCGACUCGGGCUAUAGCGGCUUGCUCGAACAAACAGCAGACUGUCUAAAGCAUGAGCUGGACACUAGACCGUUUUCCUAUUGCGAAAGAAAAAAAAAACGUCUAAAGCCACAGCACAGCACGCGACUAGGAGGGUAUUGUUACGUGGAGAUGUACGCAGAAAACCAUUUACAAGAUGUAUUUAUGUGCAAACCUAGUCCCAGCGCUCGACAAGACGGCGAUGGUGACUUCAGAAACUGUGGCACCUACCCACAGUGGAGGAUUGACGAAGAAUCAGGCAGCUCGCUUGAGGGCUCAUUUCAUGGCGUGGGGAAGGAAAUUUGAAAGGGUCUCUUCAACGCUUUCGAAACGUUUAUAUAAGGAAAAAGAAUGGAAGUUUGAGUAUGCAAAGUACUCGCGCCUCAUCACGUUCGGUUCCGCGGCCGUUAUCUUCGCCGUCGAACAAAGCCGCCACCUCUAUGGAAAAUUCCCUAGGUCUUUUUAUCAUAUGACCACCUACUUCAUGGCAUAUCCCCCACAGAUGGUUUGUCAUCAUUAAGAUUCCCUAGAUCUAGGGAUUUUACACAUUUCAAUGCGAUACCAUUGAGGAGCCCGUGUCGCAGAAAAUCCGGUGUCCCGCGUCGGGCAUCGCAUCGACAAAAAGAUUUUCGGACCAUGUACGCUCGGGCCUUAAAUAUGAUGCAAGAAAUUGAUUGAACUAGUUGAGUUUCUCAAACUAAAGUACGUAGGAAUAUUGUAAACUACGAUGUUGUCUGUGUCCCUCUCCUCGUCCUGUUGCUUGCACACAACUUACAGACAUGAUAGCUCUCAGAUUGUAAUUUGACUAUACGAUAAAACAUAAUUCUGUGACGCGACAACUCGGAAGGAACCUUUUCACACACACAAACCGACCGCGGCGUUCACAGACUAGCCGCUGAGUCCGGCGUUUUGCGCGCGCCGGCGUAAGUACUUGGGGGCCAUGGAGCGGCGCGCCCGGUUCCUUGCAUUAAAUAUCAGACGUAUAUCUGCGUGCUUCGCUGCAAAUGAAAUGUAAGCGCGUAAAUGUGGUGGUGUUAGGUUAGAACAGGUCAUUCAAAAAAAUUAUUCGCAUCUUUUACGUUGCUGUCGUGCCGUAGCAGACUUCUGACGCGGUUACAUUCUGCAAGAGAGGCUCAGUGCCCAUCUUCCUAGCAAUUCCAAUAAGGUAAUAAGGCAAACUGACAAUAAUAUUGUCAAUUUGUUCUAAGUGCGAAACAAGAGUGAAGGGCAAGAAAGCAUAAAUGUACUAAUGUGUUGAAGUCUUCUGUGAAUACGGAAGGGGAGCGGGGAGGGGGGGCGGGGGGAGAGGUCGUCAAGCAGGAGGACAUAAUGUUAUGUCAUUAUUUGAGCUUGAGCACAAUGACUUCAUUAUUUGAACAUUAUAACACAAGCUUAUAAAUAAAAUAGUCUUCAUUUACAUAACAUGAAGAUUUAUGUAUACGGAUGUAAUAUUGACAAAAUUGACCACAUUUUGCACAAAUCUAAGGAAAUCUAGGCAGAUUUCUUUCUCCAAGUUAAGGGGAAAACUGGCUUCAGAGGUUGGGAGCACUGUCGUUGUGUGUCAUGCACCUAUGGUCUGCACAAAAGAAAUACCAAACGCGGUGCUCCAUGGGAAUGCGGGAAUGGGGUGAACGAUGCUUCAGAAGUUACCUGGGAAAAAAGGACGACCUUAACUGGGGAGGAACGCCUUUCUUUUUUCAGACUAGAUUUGCCUUUGCAAUCCCCUGAAUAAUUCCAAAUAAUGAGUCAAAUUCUUCAGUAUUUCAUAACGCCGUGAGGUAGCCGACAACGCGCUGUCUCCAGAAAUUCCUAAAUCAUAUCAGUGACCUACGUGUGGGAGAUGAGAAGAGCGUGUGCGUUGAUCCCGCAAUAGCUAGCACUAACUGCUGUUUGUGUAGCGCGUAAAAGUUGCGUUGGGAGGAAGCACAUUCGUUCCGGUAUGCCGCUAAAUCUGUAGCUUCAGUUCCUCUCCGCCUCUUUCUAUCGCCGUUGUGUUGUUGCCUAGGCAAAAUGAGCACGAAUCGAUUACAUUUGAAUGACUAGUUCCGGUUUUUGCUGUCAAGUUUGUUCGAGAAAGUCAGCCCAAGAUAGUUUUGCGUUCACUCGAUGAGCGACGAAAAUAGCAGCUGCCGUCGCCUUGCUAAAAUCUUCCGUGGUGCCGGGUAUUUGAGGGGAAGCACUUGUGUGAUCAUGCUACAAUAAAGGCGAAGGCCUCUGCGCAUACAGGCGGGUCCUGAACUACACCAUUGUACAUAAACGCACUGUAUCGAUUAUUGUUUAUUAAUAAAGCCUUUUUUUAUCGGUG